AUGAUGAAACAGAAUCGAUAUCUACCGGUUCCCACAAAACUCAAGGCCUUGUCCGCAAAAACAGCAGCAUUGUUUUCUCGGUCCAAGCGACGAGAGUCCCAUCUCCCACCAGCGUGUGAGACCGUUGAUAUCCUGAUUGGCGAAAUCGCUUCUCUAAAGAGCACCAUCGAUGCACUCGAAUCUGGCUUCUACGAUGCAUCUACUUCCAAAGUACACAUCAGAAAAACGAAGGCAGGACCUAAGACUCACCGAGAGUACACAAGGUUGCUGGAAUCCAUUGGCCAUCUCCCCAACUUGAAGGAGCUCUCGAUAGUCUCAAUCGACGGAGAUGACUUUCAUUUGCCAAUUGAAGCCCUUAAGAAAGCCCUGCGAGGUGCCUCCCCAACAAUCUGCAAGGUCAAGUUGCAAAAACUUAGACUCCUGUGUGGACACUAUCGUGACUUUGAAAUCCGAGGUGUUUCCCUUAAACUGCAUCGUCUGGAAGAGAUUGAGAUCAGCCACUGCUCUGAGGGUUUUAUUGAAAGUUCAGGCGUGAUUUCCCCGGUCGGACUAUGCCUAGGAGGCUUUCUGGAAAGUCUAACUUCUGCUCGGUCUCUGAAAAAAGUGAUUCUGCGGCAAGAUUCGGUGGAGACCGUUUUGACGCAACGCACCGAAGCCCUCGUACAAUCUUGCUUGCUUUUGGAAGAACUCGUCCUCGCGGGCCUUGUCACUGAGGUGUCUGUGUGGGAUACUAUUGUUCCCAGAAUAAAUCAUCUAUACGCACGAAACAUCAAGAAGCUGCAUCUUGACCGCUGUCGCUUGACCACAGCCAGCCUUGAUUCCUUUUUGGGUUUGUUGGGUCCUGACUCGCCUCUGGAAGAUUUUGAGUUCGUGCCAAUGAUCAAUGGUUUGGCGUUAGGCGCGUGUUUCUAUACAAUGGGAGACCCCAACACGCCACGACGCAUAUCAUGGGGCCGUCAUGUGGAGGCCGGUGCUCUCACUUGGACUAAGUUAUUGGGUGAAGCCGUUCCGAAGGCGCUUGAGUCCAACACGCGUCUACGGAGGCUAAGGAUCAAAGCAGAGGGAGGCGUCAACUUGUUUGUCCCGGUUGCAAUUCAACAAUCCUGGCUGGAGCUGCUCGAAAAAGGCCGCAAUAGAACAAUGUUGGACUUUGGGUUCUUCAGGCGUGAUGGUUACACCUUUGGGUACGAAGAUCAAGAGCUUACUGCCAAACUGGAGCACUAUCUGAAGCUCAACCGAUACGUUCCGAUUCUUGAAGCCAUGAAAGACGAGGAACGAGACCAUACCAUUGUGCAAGUGUUGGCCGAUGCAUCAGACGACGUUCCGUGCUUGUUUCAUGUUCUCCAGAAAUAUCCGUACGUCUGUUCACUCGCUUGA